CAGACCGAGCAAACAACGACGACGCAGCAUGGAUGAGGAGCAGACCAAGAGCAGCAGCAGCAGCAACAGUAGCAGCAGCAUCGUCAUGGACGAUCAAAGCAACGCCGGCAACAGCAACAGCGACAGCAAUCAAAUCAACAGCAACAUAACCAAAGCACCGGAGCAGAUGCUACCCAUUAGUACAUCGUCAUCGUGGACGAUCUUACCACCAGAUAGAAUCGAGUUUCUUGAGGCAAGCAGCAGCAGCGAGGAGUUGGAACAGCAAGCUAAGGCAAAGGAGGACGAGCAAAACAAUGCAGAAUGCAAGCUCGUCGAGGAUGCAGACACCCAGGCCGAGGACGUCUCCGAUGGCAUAUCGAUAAUCAGUGACUGCGAGAGCACUGGACGCAUUUCGCCGCAUCCCUUUCUGCGCGAGCAUCUCAACGAGCUCAGCUUCAAGUUCGAUGAGGGCCAUGGAGUGCCGCUGGUGGCCAAUAUGCCCAAUCUGAAUGCUGGCCAGGAGAUGCGUGAACGUCGUCGCCGUGCCUCAAACCCCAUCUUGCACCUCAAGAAUAAUGUGGCUCAGCCAGAGGCCCCGUCGACAGACAUGCAACGUCGCCAUCGUAUGCUGCCGCUGGUGCAUAACGGAUUGACAGCCGUCUUCUAUGUGGGCGCCACUUUGGCCGUGCUGGCACUUAUUGGCCGGCUGCAGAAUCCCGAGUGGAAGGUGCUCUGCGGCAAUGAGCCCGUUCCGGAUGUGGCCCAGCGUCUGGAAGAUCUGGAGUUGCAGAAUAAUCUGAUGCGUGCCGAGAUUGAUAUCAUGUCCAAGCAGCUGCUUUAUCUCAGCUCCAUAAAUGGACAGGGUCACGGUCCGGGCCAGGGUCAGGGACAGGGUCAUGGUCAUGGUCAUGGCCACGGUCAAGGCCAGGCUCAGCCGCGCAAGCCGAAAACAUUCAAGGCCUGGCCCGGCAACGGCGACUCUGUGGAACCGGUGGACAUUACCAAGGCGGACCUGAAGCGUCCGUACAAGUGUCCCGAUGGCAAGUAUGUGGAAAUCGCCGCCAUGUGCAUGGAAAUAAAACCGCAUGCCGAAUCUCUAGCCGAUGAGAUUGGUGAUGCGGUCAACGAUGUGCUGCGGCAAUCUCAAGCUUUUCACGACUUUGAAAAGGUCACCGAGCGGCUAGGCACACUCGCUGGCGAGGAGGAAACGCCCACUCCCACACCCGAUGACGGUGCCAGCGAUCCAUCCAAAGCUUUCCAUGUGCAUGGCGACAAAAUGCGAGCUCCGCCCCUCGAGGCCAACAAGCAACGCUAUACCAACGGAGAUGCAUCCAAGGAGCGCUACAAGACCAAAUACAACAACAAUGCAAAGUGGCAGGACUCCAAGGAGCACAAGUAUGAUUCCAAGGAGUACAAGUACAGCUCGAAGGAACGCCGCAAUCGCAUGCAUCUGGACAACUCCAAGGAGCAGCGUCACGGUAGAAAGCAGCGCCAUGAUGGCGACGACGACGACAGCGCCAGCGGCGAGUGGCACGAGCGCAUGAUGCAGCAUCGUGAGAACGCACGCCAGCGUCAUGACAAGAAGCGCAACAACAAUUGGUUCAUCGAGCGCGGCGGCGGUCGGGAGCAGAUCCGCUCCAGCGAGACGCGACGUUAGGGCAAGGCAGGAGUCACGGGCAGAUAUGGGGCAAGGGCAUUGGGCGAGGGUAGUCUGAAAAGUUGACAAUUUAUGGCUAGUGUUUCAAGUUGUCAGAACUGCCCUCUUAGAGUGGGUAUACGACAGGGUAUUGGGGAUCUGUUCUGAUUGUUCGCAUAUUUUGAACCCAAAACUAUAAUCUUAAGUAAUUGGAUUCUUGUCUAGUUGUUGGUACUAUUACGACGUUAUAUAGAAUAUCUCGAUCUACUGACAUCAAAUGUACUAUGUGCUUAUAUAUAAAUAUAUGUAUAUUGAAUGUAUGUAUGUAUUUGUCUCUUAUCCUAUGACAAACUAAAAACGCGCUAUUUGAUGUAAGAACCUUAACUAUAAUGAAUAAUAACGAGACGAAAUGAAAU